AUAAUUCUGUAGGAAAUGACAUGCGCAUACCGGUACACCAGCGGUGACUUGGUUUUACGUGAAUUCUGUAGAGAGAAAUUGGCCCGUUUUUCUUAUUCAAUAUUGUUCAUACAACAGUAAGCGACAACACAUCACCACGGGACGAAAAUAAGAUCUGAGCUGUAAAAAAAUAUGCCCAAGAACAAAGGUAAGGGAGGAAAGAAUCGUAGACGUGGAAAGAAUGAGAACGAGUCAGAGAAGAGAGAGCUGGUGUUCAAAGAGGAUGGGCAGGAGUAUGCUCAGGUGAUUAAGAUGUUGGGUAAUGGGAGGUUGGAAGCCAUGUGUUUUGACGGAGUGAAGCGGCUCUGCCACAUCCGAGGAAAACUGCGGAAAAAGGUGUGGAUUAACACGUCAGAUAUCAUCCUGGUGGGAUUGAGAGAUUACCAGGACAACAAAGCUGAUGUGAUCCUGAAGUACAAUGCAGACGAGGCCAGAAGUCUGAAGGCUUACGGAGAACUGCCGGAGCACGCCAAGAUCAACGAGACCGACACCUUCGGUCCUGGGGACGAUGAAGACAUCCAGUUCGAUGACAUUGGAGAUGAUGACGAGGACAUUGAUGAUAUCUAAGGACCUUCUACCAGAGGGUAUGGUUCGAUUUUCCCCUCCGUGCUGAAAAUCAACACAUCCGAAAAUCAACACAGCACUUCUGUACCCCACACACACACCAAAUUUCAAGGAGGUUGACCCUCCCAAUUUCUCAUUGGUGCCAUGACUGCAGCUACUCACAAUCUCUUGCGUUAUCUUUUUAAUGUAUUUAUAUCAAUUUCACACAGAGUGGAAUUUACUUACAAGUACAGAAUCUCUGGAUUCGCAAUAAAAAGAUAAACCAUUUUAUGUUUGGUCUUGCGGUCUGUAUCAUUGUAGUUGAAAGUUAACAUCGCUCUUUAUAUUAGUUAGGAUGAUUUUUAUCUAUUACGAAACACAUUACUCCUGAAGUUGCCUCUGUAUCCUUUGGAAUGUUUGUUUAAUUCGAUAUUGUAUUCCGAUGACAUUUUGCAAUUACAGAACGAUUUGUUUGUAUUGAUCAAUGCCUAAUUGAAGGCUCUACCGCCAUUCUGUUUUUCAACAGUGUCUGUAUUUUUCUAUUGUUUCCCCAUGUUUGUUUGUUUGUCUGUCUGUUGGUUUUAGGUUUGUUUUGAUCCACUACCAGAGGGAUGUCACAAAGCAUCACUCGGUUUAAGCAAGGUAAUUCAAAGAAAUGUUUUUAGUUUGGGUUAUUUUCCUAAGCUAUUCUUGAAUAUGGGUUGUCUCAUCAAUUAUUCCAUGCCUAUUUCUAGAAAAUAUUUACUUCUUUUAGAAUAUUAUGGAAUGUUAUUUAUCUGUUAUCUCCUUAGUCCUGCUUUGUGACACCUCCCUGUCUGUCAGAGAAAACAGCUAGCUGCUAACUAGCCUGGUGCUCCAGUGUUGCGCAGGUUGGAAUUUGUUAUGAAUCUUGCACUGCAUUGGUCGCUAGCUGGCCCAGCCACAAAGUCCUAACCCUAAUGCCUGACUCAAACCUUCAAUUAAGACCAAAAAGCACUGUUUUGUUUUCAUACAUUUUUAUGAUAUAGACAAUUUUUACUUUGCACUUGGUUCAUUUAGUGCAGGGAUGGGCAACUCCAGUCCUCGGCGGCCGGAGUGGUGUCACAAUUUUUCUGAUUAAACUAAUUGGCUGAUUAAACUAAUUGCAUUCUAAACUGAAGAUCAUGAUUAGAUGAUUUAUUGGAGUCAGGUAUUUUAGCUGUGACAUAGUGGAAAUCGCUCAGUUCUACCUCCAGGGCAAGAUUCAUGACAAUCAACGUCAACCUGUGUCUGUUGCUGCCCUAGUCAAUUCCUCUGUUCCUUUACUGUCAUGCCUAAGAUGUUGCCAACUCCUCUAUGGAUGCCAAGCCUUGCAUGACAACACAUACAGUAUAUGGGACCAGUCUAGAUAAAUAUCACUGGAAUGUGUCUGUCUUGAACACCACUGCCAGUGCUUGUGUGCUGAGCUAUAAUGUACUAUGAUGUCUGAUGGCUCACUAUAGGGAUUUCCAAUAAAUAACUUAAUUCCA